GCCCCAGACAAAAUGACAGUGACAGCUGCCUUGUGGUAUUCAGCUUGAAUGGAGCAGGUUUGCUCAGAAGUGUUGGUAGCAAGUGUGUCAUUACAGCAUGUAGCACCAAGGAAAACAUCUUAGAGCCCCAUCCUGGAAAAGCGAGACUCCUCUCGGCAGCUGCACAGGCUCGUUGAGAGGAAAGGUGCUCUUCAAAGUCUUUGCACAUCUUCUUGGCUUGAUCUUGUUUUCUGAAUCUUCUGAAAGCUGAAACCUUUUGCCAGGUGUUAGCUGUAGACAGCAACGGCACAAAACAUUGGUCGGCAGGCGCAGCAAAGCUGGAGGUUUUAUGGGUGGCGAGAACUCCAAGGGCCAAGGGAAGAAAAGCAUGAUGCUGCUGAAGAGAAGUCAGAAGUUACCUCUGUGGGAAGAAGCUCUUCUCGCUGGGAAGGACCCAAGAGCACUCUUAAAGCGUGGGCUACAGUAUGUCAGCUUGAGCCUCAUCAUGAAGGGGAUGACAAGGACUCCUGACUUUUUAUGGGGAUUGCCACAGGUCCAGAAACUGAACCUUUCCCACAACCAGCUGGUUGUCCUUCCUCCGGCUUUGGGGAAACUUGACAGACUGGUGGUGCUGAACCUAUGUGGAAAUCGCAUGAGAUCUCUGCCUAAAGAGAUUGGGCUGCUCAGGAACCUGAAGGUUUUAUUUGUCAAUAUGAAUUGCUUGACUGAAGUACCAACAGAAAUUGGACACUGCAAGAAGCUGGAAGUUUUGAGCCUCUCCCACAACUGUAUCUCCCAUCUCCCAUCAAGCAUCACAGAACUGAUAAACCUAAGAAAGCUGAAUCUCAGCAACAAUCGGUUUGUUUACAUUCCCCUAAGUGUUUUUGCAUUGAGGAAUUUAGACUUUUUACAUGUAGGCUGCAACAAACUCGAAAACAUUGGAGAGAGUAUCCAAUUUCUAGUCAACUUGCAGAUCUUCAUUGCCGACAGUAACAAGCUUCGUUCUUUGCCAAGGUCUAUCUGCUCCGUCGCUGCCCUUGAACUGCUAAACGUCGAUUACAAUUCUAUUCAAACUCUCCCAGAUGAACUCUAUUUGCUGCAUCGGUUGCCAAAAAUUGCUUGGAAUCCAAUGGAUAAGGGACUCCAUAUUUCACACAACCCUUUGUCCAAACCACUGCCACAGAUUAUAGAUGGAGGAUUGGAUGCACUCUUUGGCUAUCUCAGAGAUAAGAAUCAGAACCCGUGAGCUCACACUUCAUUUGGGACAGAUCCGGUGGCCAAGCCAC